AUGCCGCUUCCCGACACCAUGUUCUGCGCGCAGCAGAUCCACAUUCCCCCGGAAUUGCCUGACAUCCUGAAGCAGUUCACCAAGGCUGCCAUCCGCACCCAGCCCACCGACGUGCUGCAGUGGUCCGCGGGGUAUUUUUCAGCUCUGUCAAGAGGAGAUCCACUUCCUGUAAAGGAUAGAGUCGAGAUGCCUGUGGCAACCCAGAAAGUAGACACAGGCAUGACCCAGGGACUGCUGAAAGUCCUGCACAAGCAGUGUCGCCACAAGAAGUAUGUGGAAUUAGCAGAACUUGAGAAGAAGUGGAGAAAUCUGUGCCUGCCAAUGGAGAGACUGAGAGCUCUCCUAGUACUGGAUCAUUGUGAAACGGAAAUCGAGUGGAUAAAAUUUUUAGCAUUGGGAUGCAGUUCACUUGGUGGGUCGCUGAACACGGCCAUGAAGCACGUCUGCGAGAUCCUCACCCAGGACCCUGAGGGUGGGCCUGCACGGAUCCCAUUCGAGACUUUUUCCUUUGUCUACCGCUACUUGGCUGGGUUGGAUCCAGACAUCAUGGAGAUGGAUGUGGAAUCCUAUCUUAUGGGUUUAAAGGAAAGCGUAGACUCGAGAAAGAAUGGCUUGAUAGGACUUUCGGAUUUCUACGUUCCAAAGAAGAUAAUUUAGAAAACCUUGAAGAGAAAGCUCUGAAGACACAGGCUGUUAAUAC